AUGGGUAGCUGUUGUAGCUGUCCAGAUAAAGAAACUGUCCCAGAUAACCAUCGAAACAAGUUUAAGGUUAUUAAUGUGGAUGAUGAUGGCAAUGAACUGGGUUCUGGCAUAAUGGAACUUACAGAUACAGAAUUAAUUUUGUACACCCGUAAGAGGGACUCUGUCAAAUGGCACUACCUCUGUCUCCGUCGCUAUGGCUAUGACUCAAAUCUCUUCUCCUUUGAAAGUGGCCGAAGGUGUCAAACUGGACAAGGAAUCUUUGCCUUUAAAUGUGCCCGUGCAGAAGAGCUAUUUAAUAUGUUGCAAGAGAUAAUGCAGAAUAAUAGUAUAAAUGUGGUAGAAGAACCAGUAGUAGAAAGGAAUAAUCAUCAAACUGAGUUGGAAGCUCCAAGAACUCCUAGAACACCUACCACUCCUGGGUUCAAUGCACAAAGUUUACCUAAUGGCUAUCCAAGAUAUCCAUCUUUUGGAGAUGCUUCAUCCCAUCCAUCCAGCAGGCAUCCUUCUGUCGGAAGCGCACGCCUCCCCUCUGUCGGUGAAGAAUCAACUCAUCCCUUACUUGUAGCAGAGGAGCAAGUGCACACUUAUGUCAACACUACUGGGGUACAAGAGGAAAGAAAAAACCGAUCAAGUGUGCACGUGCCACUGGAAUCAAAGCUUUCAAACCCUGAAACAACUAAAGUGAAAGAAGAGCAGAUGUGUACUGAUGACAGAGAUGCUCAGGUUCUCCUGGAGCCUGAAGGAGUCAAGUUUGUUUUAGGACCAACACCUGUUCAAAGGCAAUUAAUGGAAAGAGAGAAACUGGAGCAACUUGGGAGAGACCAAGUUAGCGGCAGCAGCACAAACAACACUGAAUGGGACACUGGGUACGACAGUGAUGAACGUAGAGAAACACCAUCUGGUAAUAAAUUGGUGUAUGAAAAUAUAAAUAGGUUAUCAAUCCCUAGUGCCUCAGGGGUCAGGAGAGGUCGUUUGACAUCAACCAGUACCUCAGACACCCAGAACAUUAACAACUCUGCUCAGAGAAGAACUGCGCUGUUGAACUAUGAGAACUUGCCAUCCUUGCCUCCUGUUUGGGAAGCCCGCAAGCUGAGCAGAGAUGACGACGACAGUUUAGGACCAAAGACCCCAUCUCUGAAUGGCUACCACAAUAAUCUAGAUCCAAUGCAUAAUUAUGUCAACACAGAGAAUGUAACAGUACCAGCAAGUGCUCAUAAAGUAGAAUUCCCACGGCGUCGGGACUGUACCCCGACAGUCUUUAACUUUGACAUUAGGCGUCCGAGCUUGGAACACAGGCAGCUCAACUACAUACAGGUUGACUUGGAAGGUGGCAGUGACUCCGACAACCCUCAGACUCCGAAAACCCCCACCACUCCACUUCCACAGACCCCAACCAGGCGCACAGAGCUGUAUGCUGUGAUAGACAUUGAAAGAACUGCUGCUAUGUCGAGCUUGCAAAAAGCACUGCCACGAGACGAUGGUACUUCUAGGAAAACUAGACAUAACAGCACUGACCUGCCUAUGUGA